UAAAUCUCAAGGUGUUCGGGCAAGAACAUUUCGGACGUUUUGUGGAGGCUUUACAGUAGGCCAAGGCUACUUCCUCUGCCAGUUCCCUGGUCUCUGUCAACAUGUCUGUUGGAGCAGAAAUGGACCCACAGAUCUGAUUGGUCUACAUAGCUGCUAAAAGAUGGAUUUCCCUCAAGAGGGUGAGGAUGCUGUUGGUGGAGAUCAGACAGACAGAGCAGCAUGUGCUGAGUCCAGCCACGUGUCCCUGAAGAACGAGGAGCCCGUCACUGAUGGGCAUCAGGGGGUCAGCACAGGAAGAGUGCUGUCUUAUAUACCACAGACACAAAGACCAGUGUCUCCAGUGCCCAGCUGUGUGUCCAUGAAGAGUGACUGGUCCAUGGGACCCCCUCUCAAUUUCAGUAGUGGACCACCACAGUCUGAUCAAAGCCCACAGACACCCAGACCAGUGUCUCCAGUGCCCAGCUGUGUGUCCAUGAAGAGUGACUGGUCCAUGGGACCCCCUCUCAAUUUCAGUAGUGGACCACCACAGUCUGAUCAAAGACCACAGACACACAGACCAGUGUCUCCAGUGCCCAGCUGUGUGUCCAUGAAGAGUGACUUGUCCAUGGGACCCCCUCUCAAUUUCAGUAGUGGACCACCACAGUCUGAUCAAAGACCACAGACACACAGACCCGUGUCUCCAGUGCCCAUGAAGAGUGACUGGUCCAUGGGACAAUAUCCCAAUUUCAGCAGUGGACCACCAAAGUCUGAUCAAAGUGGGUUCAGGAAUACCCUGACUCAGGAUCAGUCCAGGUGUGGAGUGUGUGAGCAGCUACUGAGGGACCCGGUCACCACCAGCUGUGGACACAGUUUCUGCAGGCAGUGCAUCAGCAGCUACUGGAGCCAGUCUGGUGCAUCAGGAGACUACAGCUGCCCCCAGUGCAGAAAGAAACCCAGAACACAACCCAUUACAAACCCUGAGAUAACUAUGGCACAACCACUGUUAUACCCACCUACAGCCAUAGCACUACCUCACCUAUACCCAUCUACAGCCAUGCCACAACCUCGUCUAUACCCACGUAUAACCAUGGCACAACCUCACUUAUACCCAUCUCUAGCCAUGGCACAACCUUUGUCGUACCAACACAGUGAAAUGACACUUCAUCUGAACCCAUCUGCAAACAUGGCACAAGUUCCUCCAUCCCCACACACAGGGCAGCGUCCUCAGUACUCAAACUCAGCCAUGGGGCAGCAUAAUCAUUAUCCACACAUCCAGCACCCUCUUUAUCCACACAUCCACACGGCACAGAUCUCUCCACUGCCUCCCUUAGAUGAGAACACAGUCAAGAGAGGCAGCACCCAUCUGCAAACUGAGCAUGCUCCAGUCAAAAGGGCCAAACUAACAGAUGACGAUGUCCUCACCAGAGUACUGAUGACCCAUAAAGCCAUCAUGAAGAGGAGGUUUGAGAGCAUAUGUGAAGGCAUCAUAAGGUCAGGGACUCAAACACCCCUGAACAAGAUCUACACAGAGCUCUACAUCACAGAGGGAGAGAGUGAAGGGGUGAAUAAUGAGCAUGAGGUUUGGCAGGUCGAGUCAGCAUCCAGGCCACAAACUACAGAGGACACAGCAAUCAACUGUAAUGACAUCUUCAAGCCCUUACCUGGACAGGAGAGACAUAUCAAAACUGUCAUGACCAAGGGGAUUGCUGGCAUUGGAAAAACUGUCUCAGUACAGAAGUUCAUCCUUGACUGGGCAGAGGAGACAGCUAACCAGGAUGUAGAUUUCAUGUUUGUGCUUCCAUUCCGUGAGCUGAAUUUGGUCAAACAUGAUGAGUACAGUCUUCACAGACUCCUGCUUGACUUCCACCCUGAGCUUAAAGAGCUUCAAGAUGGUGAAUACAAAGACUGCCACAUUGUGUUCAUCUUUGAUGGUCUAGAUGAGAGUCGACUUCCACUGAAUUUCCAAGAAAACCAGAAGUUGUCUGAUGUGACACAAACAUCAUCAGUGGAUGUGCUGAUGACGAGUCUCAUUCAGGGAACUCUGCUUCCCUCUGCUCUCAUCUGGAUAACCUCCCGACCAGCAGCAGCCAGUCAGAUCCCCUCUCAGUGCAUCAGUCAGGUGACAGAAGUACGAGGGUUCAAUGACCCACAGAAGGAAGAGUACUUCAGGAAGAGGAUCAGUGACCAGAAUCAAGCCAACAGAAUCGUCUCACACAUUAAGGAAUCCAGAAGUCUCCACAUCAUGUGCCACAUGCCAGUCUUCUGUUGGAUCUCAGCCACUGUUCUUCAGCAGAUACUGGAACAGGAUGAUGAGAAGGAAGCCCCCAAAACGCUGACUGAGAUGUUCAUACACUUUCUGCUCAUCCAGACCACCAGGAAGAGCCAGAAGUAUCAACAGGAAAGUGAGACAAAUAGACAGAGGCUCCUGGAGUCACACCAGGGUGUCAUAUUGAAACUGGCAGAGCUGGCUUUCAGGCAUCUGGAAAAUGGCAAUCUCAUGUUCUAUGAGGAAGACCUGAGAGAGUGUGGUAUUGAUGCCAGUGAAGCUUCAGUGUACUCUGGCAUGUGCACUGAGAUCUUCAGGGAAGAGUGUGUGUUUUUCCACAAGAAGGUCUACUGCUUUGUCCAUCUGAGCAUCCAGGAGUUUCUUGCUGCACUUCAUUUGUUUGCCUCCUACUUGAGUAAGAAUAUGGAGGUCCUGAAACCAUUUCUUAAAAGAAAGUCCAUGUCUUUGGCAGAUUGGCCUCUAGAUGAGCUGCUGAAGAAUGCAGUGAACAAAGCUUUGGAAAGCAAGAAUGGACACCUUGAUUUGUUUGUCCGCUUCCUUCAUGGCAUUUCUCUGGUGUCAAAUCAGAGACUUUUGCUUGGCCUCCUGACAGACACACACAGCAACCCAGAGAGUGUGAAGAAAACAAUCAAGAACCUGAAGAUAAUGCAGAGACCAAAUAUCUCCCCUGAGAGGUGCAUCAAUCUGUUCCACUGCCUGGUGGAAAUGCAUGACUCCUCUGUUCAUGAUGAAAUCCAGGCUUUCCUGAAGGCAGAGAAAGGUGCCGUGAAACAGCUCACACUGGCUCACUGCUCAGCCUUGGCUCAUGUGCUUCUGAUGUCUGAUGAGGUGCUGGAUGAGUUUGACCUGAGCAAAUACAAAACCUCUCCAGAAGGUCGCAGGAGACUGGUUCCAGUCAUGAGAUGCUGCAGAAAGGCUCUACUUGCUGGCUGCAAUCUAACAGAGACGUCUUAUGAGAUUGUGGCCUCAGCUCUGCAGUCUGGAAACUCUCCCUUGAGGGAGUUGGACUUGAGUCAGAAUGACCUGGAAAAGUCAGGAGAAAGGCUGGUCUCUGCUUUUCAAAGUCCAUACUGCAAACUGGAAACACUGAGACUUGCUGACUGUAAACUAACAGAGAAGUCCUGGGAGAUUGUGGCCUCAGCUCUGCAGUCUGCAAACUCCCCUUUAAGAGAGCUGGACCUGAGUCAGAAUGACCUGCAGGCGUCAGGAGAAAAGCUGCCCUCUGCUCUACGGAGUCCAGACUGCAAACUGGAGACACUGAGACUUGUUGGCUGUAAACUGAGAGGAAGGUUGUUGGCCUUGAUUCUUCAGUGGGGAAACUCCCACCUAAGAGAGCUGGACAUCAGUGACAGUGAGCUUCAGGACUGUGGAGAAGAACUGCUCCAUCAACCACUGAAUCAAGACUGUAAAGUGAGACUCAUCAGCCGUGGACUCAAAGACAGCUCCUCUAAGGUUGUGGUCUCAGUUCUGCAGUCGUAUAUUUCUCAACUGAGUGAGUUGGACAUGAGUGGCUGUGAUCUGCAAACAUCAGAAGAGAAGUUGCUCUCUGGUCUUAGAAACCCAAACUGCCACCUGGAGAAAAUGAGACUUGCUGACUGUAAACUCAGAGGAAGAUUUUUGGCCUUGACUCUUCAGUGGGCAAACUCCCACCUAAGAGAGCUGGACAUCAGUGACAGUGAGCUUCAGGACUGUGGAGGAGAACUGCUCCAUCAACCACUGAAUCAAGACUGUAAAGUGAGACUCAUCAGCUGUAGACUCAAACACAGCUCCUCUGAGGUUGUGGUCUCAGUUCUGCAGUCAUAUAUUUCUCAACUGAGUGAGUUGGACAUGAGUGACUGUGAUCUGCAAAUAUCAGAAGAGAAGCUGCUCUCUGGUCUUAGAAGCCCAAACUGCCACCUGGAAAAACUGAGACUUGUUGGCUGUAAACUGAGAGGAAGAUUUUUGGCCUUGAUUCUUCAGUGGGCAAACUCCCACUUAAGAGAGCUGGACAUCAGUGACAGUGAGCUUCAGGACUGUGGAGGAGAACUGCUCCAUCAAUCACUGAAUCAAGACUGUAAAGUGAGACUCAUCAGCCGUGGACUCAAAGACAGCUCCUGUGAAGUUGUGGUCUCAGUUCUUUCAUAUAUUUCUCAACUGAGUGAGUUGGACAUGAGUGACUGUGAUCUGCAAACAUCAGAAGAGAAGUUGCUCUCUGGUCUUAGAAACUCAAACUGCCACCUGGAGAAACUGAGACUCGCUGGUUGUGAGUUAACAGAGGAUUCCUGUAAGGCUGUAGCCUCUGCUUUGCAGUCCUCCAUCUCCCUAAAGGAACUGGACCUGAGUCACAAUGACCUGAAGGAGUCUGGAUUUCAGCUUCUCUCUACAGGACUCAGUAGCCCUCACUGUAAACUGACAUCUUUAAGACUUGCUGGUUGUAAGCUAACAGAGGAUUCCUGUAAGGCUGUAGCCUCUGCUUUGCAGUCCUCCAUCUCCCUAAAGGAACUGGACCUGAGUCACAAUGACCUGAAGGAGUCUGGAGUUCAGCUUCUCUCUACAGGACUCAGUAGCCCUCACUGUAAACUGCAGUCUUUAAGCAAGCUGUGA